UGUCAUUAUCGCUAAAAAAGAUGAACAAUAAAGAAGUUUUUGCGACAAGCAAAUAACUCCCCCAGAAUCCCGUUCCUUCUCAAAUUCAUUCAAAAAUUUGUUCCAUUGAUACAAACAAAUAACAACUCUCAAUCUCUCUGUUAUAUCCGCCAUUAAUCAAAUCCCCAAUAACCGACCUUGAAUCUAACGUUUAAUCAAACAGCUCUUCUUCUUUUGUCCAAUAAAUCGUUUUCCAAAACCCUCUUUUGAUCCUCCGUUUCUGGGGUUAAAUCAAAUAGUCCUAGCUUUUGAUUUUCAAUUUUGUUUACGAAAAUCAUGGCUUCAAUGAUGUCGCAUUUGUCUCUCCACCAUGCAAAACCCUUUAACUUUAGCAAUUCCUCAAGGAGAACAUCACCUACUUUAGCUCUACGUACAAGUCAACCGAUUGUUCUUUCGCUCAGAAACUCACCGGAGAAGGUACCAGCCGAGUUCUCUGGUAAGCAUUUGAGAUUUUCCGGCUGGGAUCAACUCCUGCGACGGCGGGGUUCGGUUCAAAUUCCGGUGGUAAAAGCCGCAGCAGCGGCGGAUGGUGAUGAUCAGGAAAUCGAGAUUUCUGAGGGGUUGAAAAUAGCUGAAGCUCCCAAGAGCUUCGCUGAAAGAUUCCCAGCUCCUCUUGUUACGGGAUUCUUUUUCUUUACUUGGUACUUUUUGAAUGUUAUAUUUAACAUACUCAACAAAAAAGUCUACAACUACUUCCCAUAUCCAUACUUUGUUUCAGUUGUACAUCUUCUUGUUGGUGUUACAUAUUGUCUCAUCAGUUGGUCCAUUGGUCUUCCUAAACGUGCACCGAUCAAUAAGGAUCUCCUUGGAGUCCUGACUCCGGUUGCAGCUUGUCAUGCUCUCGGACACGUCAUGUCCAAUGUAUCAUUCGCUGCUGUCGCCGUGUCUUUUACACAUACAAUCAAAGCUUUGGAGCCAUUCUUCAGUGCUGCAGCUUCUCAGUUUGUUUUAGGGCACCAGAUUCCCUUUUCACUAUGGCUGUCGUUGGCCCCUGUUGUUCUAGGUGUAUCAAUGGCCUCAUUGACCGAACUUUCUUUCAACUGGCUUGGAUUCACAAGCGCCAUGAUUUCUAACAUUUCUUUCACUUACAGAAGCAUAUAUUCAAAGAAAGCCAUGACAGGAAUGGAUAGCACGAAUGUGUAUGCUUACAUUUCGAUAAUCGCACUUUUAUUUUGCCUCCCGCCAGCAAUACUUAUAGAAGGACCUAAAUUGAUGCAAUACGGGUUUAGGGACGCAAUAGCCAAAGUUGGAAUGGUUAAGUUCGUAUCCGAUUUGUUCUGGAUCGGAAUGUUCUAUCAUCUAUACAACCAGAUUGCAACCAACACUUUGGAGAGGGUUGCGCCGCUUACGCACGCUGUAGGAAACGUGUUGAAGCGUGUGUUCGUGAUUGGUUUCUCCAUCAUUGUAUUUGGGAAUAGGAUUUCAACACAAACCGGAAUUGGGACUGCAAUCGCCAUUGCUGGUGUUGCAAUGUAUUCCUUGAUCAAAGCCAACCUUGAAGAACAGAAAAAGAAGACUGCAGAGAAGGCAAAGACAUCCUAAAAGUGUAUGCAUACGGACUAAUUAAGCAGAAAAUUGUCCUAUUUCUGCAGGAUUGAAGCAUUCAAAUUGUUUUGAAACUUCAUAUUUCUUGAUUUUGUGUUUUAAUUUGUUAAAUAGUUGGAUGGAUGGUAUAGGGGAAAAUAAGCCCCAUUCUUGAAAAUUGGCAAAAUUUGUUCGAGAUUAAGAGGGAAAAGAAAAGGUUUUCUAAGUUGUAGCUCUUGAAGGGGAAAAACCGACGAAAGAUUGACACAUUUAAAAAAAAUGAAUGAAAUUAUUAAAAGAAUUGGUUUAGAG